AUGUUGCUUCUCGCGAUUUACACCGCUAUCUUACCAGCCUUCGGUCUCGGCUGGUACUUGGGUGGGAAACGACAAGUGAAGCAUGUAAACAACGAGGAAGGGGAUGAUUCAGAUUCAGAGUCUGAAGCAGGGGACUUGUGGACCUUGGACGCGUCGGAAGACUGUAAAAUGGUUCUCGUCGUCCGAACCGACCUGGGAAUGACCACGGGAAAAAUCGCGGCACAAUGCUCACACGCUACCCUCGCUUGCUACAAGACCCUGCUCUCUAAAAACGCGCCACUCCUUCAUCGGUGGGCAAAGGCAGGCUAUGUGAAAACGGUUGUUCGGUGCGAAAACGAAGACGAACUUCUCAUACGCCAAGCUCAAGCGCAAAGUCUGAAUUUAUGUGCUCGGUCCAUCCAAGACGCCGGAAGGACACAAAUUGCGGCAGGGUCGACAACGGUGCUUGGAAUCGCAGGACCAGGGAGGGCUAUAGACCAAGUUAUAGAGGGUUUAGCGAGUUGGACUUAG